AUGACUCCCACUCACUGCGACGAGAAGAUAGAGGGGCACUCGUAUAAAGACUAUGCUUAUAGCCCCGUGCCAGUGAGUUCCUCUUCAGCGGUAUCUGAUGCCGGCACCCCCGGCAAAGAGUCCGUACAGCUGAUGAACGUAGCAAGCGGCAAGGAGCUGUGCACGACGAUGUCGCACACCGUCGGCACCACAUGUUACUCCGAAGACAUGGCGGAGAAGGGUUCCAAGCUCGUCCAAUUCCUGGCCGCUGCGGCUGGUAACAUAUGUAUUAUUGCGACUGGAGCUAUGUUAGGGUGGACGAGCCCGGUCCUUCCUGUUUUGGAGGAAACCGGGGGACCUUUGGAUAAGCCGAUCAGUAAAGAUGUGAGCUCUUGGAUAGGCUCUCUGGUGCCUGCUGGGGCGAUUUUUGGCAGCUUCGUCGCGGGUUAUCUCGGCGAGAAGUGGGGCCGCAAACAAACUUUAUUGUUCUCGACGUUACCGUUUCUAAUAGGGUGGACACUGGUUGCUUCGGCGACUCAUUUCGCGCAGCUAUACGUUGCUCGAUUAAUAUUUGGACUUGCUCUGUCCAUCCCAUUCACGGUUCUUCCUAUGUACGUCGGUGAGAUCGCCGAGACUUCCAUUAGAGGUGCGCUGGGUUCCUUCCUUCAGCUCUUCAUCACGAUUGGUUUGCUGUAUUCUUUUGCUAUCGGGCCCUUCGUUAGUUACAUGGUAUUUUGGAUCGUUUGUGCCAUUUUAAACAUAGUCUUCUUCGCUUGCUUCAUACUGAUGCCGGAGUCUCCGUAUUAUCUCCUUAGUAAAGGUCGUAAGGACGAGGCGAUCGCAUCUCUGGCGAAGCUCCGAAGCAAAUCUGAAGCAGCUGUUCAGAAAGAAGCCGAUGAAAUUCAAGUUAUGGUCGAGGAAGCGUUCAGGAAUCAAGUCAGCAUCUCUGACUUAUUCAAGGUGAAGGCUAAUCGCAAGGCCUUGAUUUACACCUGCGCCUUGGCUUCUUUCCAACAAUUAACCGGCAUCAAUUUCGUGCUAUUCUACAUGCAAGACAUCUUCGACAGCGCCAAGAGUUCCGUUCCGAAGGAAGAGGCGCCGAUCAUCAUAGGCGCGGUGCAAAUGUUAGCGUCGGCGGUGACACCUGUAGUUGUCGACAGGCUGGGCAGAAGGAUGCUCCUCGUCUUGUCUGGUAUUGGGACGACGGUCAGCUUGUGUGCCUUGGGUUUGUAUUUCUUCCUAAAGGAUGUGCAAAACGCGACCGACGUGGUGGAGCAGAUAUCCUGGUUACCGGUGGUCGCACUUGUCAUCUUCAUCUCCACUUACAGCGUGGGCUGGGGCCCUCUUCCAUGGGCCGUGAUGGGCGAAAUGUUCCCCUCCAACAUUAAAGCCAAGGCAUCCGGUGUGACGGUGUCCGUCUGCUGGUUCAUUGCCUUUAUCAUCACAAAAUUCGCCAGCAAUAUCAACUUUUCAUUCGGCAGUUACACAACUUACUGGCUAUUUGGCGCUUGUUCCCUCGCCAGCAUCUUCUUCACGGUGUUCUUACUGCCGGAGACGAAGGGCAAAAGCCUUCAAGAGAUACAAAACGAGCUGAACGGCGUGGCUCCAGCCAAUCCGGACUCCGAGAGUGGCUCGAAGAAGUGAAGAAAUGGUAUUUGUAACCGGUCAUCCGAAUGGACGAGAGCAGUUCCUGACAAGUCUGCGAAAAGAAUCAAGAAUCGGAGGUCCGGCAACGGGCCUGGCGACUUUACGCGCGCUUAUUGUUAUACUGCCAAAUUCACAGAGACAAUAGUGAAAAACGGGAACAUCCCUUAACCUUCUGACCACAAAAUUUGGGUCGGAUGCGAUCCCAUCCCUCGUUUGUUUUACAGCAUGUAUGUACGUGCUGUUUCUUUUUUUUUUUAGGAAUGCUUCGUGUUAUUUGCUUAUAUUCGCUUCUUUUACCCAUUUUAUAGGUGGAUUAUAUGAAAAAUAAAAAGAAAAGCAUCGGAUCCGACCCCAUCUUCAUGUUGAAAAUUCACCCUGUGGUUAGAAGGUUAACGAUUAAUAACAUUGAGUCUUCUGUACUGUAAACGGGAGUCACAUCAUAAUAUAUAUUUAUAAAUGCACUCGUGUCAACGAGUUCACUUUCAUCGCAUCCAGGAACACCUAUCUCUCGUAAGUAUCCCUUUGUACAAAGAGACAAAGGGAUUCUCGAUAUACCAGUGAUAUUCCUUCCAAGAUAGUGUUUCCGCAUUGAAUUUCCGUUUUACCUGUGAUCCGAAGACGAACGCGACGUGAUAAUCAUCGUUGGUAAUCAUAAUUAAUAAAUCUAAGUAAUCGUAUCGUCUAUCAUUCUGCGCGGUAUCAUUAUUUUCCAGCUGCAAACGCGGCGCGAGAUGAAAAGGGUCAAAGGGUUAUUUUCGCGGCAAGUUCCUCGGAAUUCGAAUGAACGGCAGACUGGUCUUUUUUUCGAACAUGUUCGUAUGGAGAUCAUUAAUGACUAUGCCUGAAAAAAUAUUGUAUUAUGCAAACGAAUAUUUACACGAACGGCUAGUGACGCAUCACGUGCAUAUCAUCGAGACUUUCAUCAUUGUACUGCCAAUAAAUUGACGAAUUUAUGUAGUAUAGAGAAAUGUCCGAGAAAUGUUCGUUGCUGUCGUUAAUUGCCGACACGAUCAAGCCGUCAUUGAUACUCGAUCGCAUAUAAUGAGGCGAGUGACUUUCUGAUAUUUCGCGUAAACGCAAUGCAAAUGCCUAUGAUUUUAUGAUUGUGCCGAUGCAAAAUAAUAUUUAAAUACGGUAUUAUUAGUGUCCUACAGAUCCCUCCUUCGAUAAGUUAUCCUAUUUAAAUAGUAUUUUAAUAUUACAUCUAUCUUUAAGUGUACAUUUGCUACUCGGAUAGAUCCAAAAAAUUGAAAGUUAUUAUAUUGUUAUGUAAUUAUACCUCGAUUCUCGUAAUAUCAUUGAAAAUUCCGAUGCAAUGCACGAUUUUUAAUGAAAAUUUAUCCCACCUAUUUUUAUGCAUUUGAUUACCUUCAUUACUACGAAAUAUGUUGCAGAAUAUAUAUUCUGACAUGCAGAACUUAUUCUAGGCACAAAAGUUAAUCAACGAAUAAAUCUUAUAUAAAAUAAAUUAUGUGUUAUUACAUCGCUCUACGAAAAAUCAAAUGUUCCUCAUUUUGUAAAUACUAAUAUAUUUUAAUACAUAAUAAAUCUUAAUAUAUACAUAUCCACAGAGAAAACAUAUAGUUUUGUAAAUAAUUGUUACGACAAUAUAAAAUGGAAUUAUGUUUCAAUGGAA